GGCUAUAAGAAAAUAAAUACAUAUUAGGUGGUAAUAAGUUAUAAGAAUAAAAGUAGGGUAAGAGCACAGCUAUUGACUGGUGGUGUAGUGUGUACUAUUAAAUAUGGGGCCAAUCAACCAGCAAGUCCUGUGCUUUCUCUCUUUUAAUUAUAAGUGGGACCUAACCCCUUCAGUACCAACUGCUAGCUCCCAGGCCUCCCUGACACCCCCUUCUGGGAUGAGGACUGCACGGAGUCUCUCCCAAUGCACCAAGCAUCCAGGCGGAGCCAGCAUUCCGAGCGAGUAGCUGCUCUGGUCCAGCAUCCUCAAGGGAACCCUCGAUGGUCCAGCAUCCUCAAAAGAACCCUGGAGGGGCCGGUUGGCCCCUGAGAGUCCGGGUGGGCGGAGCCUCCGUCAGCCCCGCCCCCUACGGCGGAGCGGCGCGCGCCACCUCGGAACGCCGGCGUCUCGCGCAGCAGUUCCGGUCGGAACUACCCGGCGGGGCACGCUGACAUGGCUGCGCUGGUAGUGAGCGGGGCUCGGCACCUGCUGAGGCGAGCGGACUUCGCGAAGGUCCUGCGGAGACACCGACAUAAGAAGAAAUGGGCUGCCACAGAGCCCAAAUUUCCUGCCACUCGCCUGGCUCUGCAGAAUUUUGACAUGACCUACGGUGUGCAGUUUGGAGAUCUUUGGCCAUCGAUCCGGGUCAGUCUUCUCUCAGAGCAGAAGUAUGGUGCACUGGUCAAUAACUUUGCUGCCUGCGAUCAUGUGAGUGAUGAACUGGAGCAGCUGCAUGCCAGAGACUUUGUGAAUAAAGCCCACUCCCAUGGGGAACUGGAGCCUGAGAGUGGCCAAACGACAGCUCCAUCCCCCGCUUCCUGGGCCUGCAGUCCAAACCUUCGAUGCUUCACUUUCACCAGAGGGGAUGUCAGCCGUUUCCCUCCUGCCAGGCUUGGCAGCCUAGGUGUCAUGGACUACUACCUGAUGGAUGCUGCCUCCUUGCUGCCUGUCCUGGCCCUUGGCCUGCAGCCCGGCGACACGGUGCUUGACUUAUGUGCAGCCCCCGGGGGGAAGACACUAGCAUUGCUUCAGACUGGCUGUUGCCGCAAUCUUGCUGCCAAUGAUCUCUCCACUUCCCGAACAGGCAGACUUCAUAAGGUCCUUCACAGCUAUGUACCUCAAGAUGUUAGGGAUAAAAGUCGAGUUCGAGUCACCUCAUGGGAUGGCAGGAAGUGGGGAGAACUGGAGGGGGACACCUAUGACCGGGUGCUGGUGGAUGUGCCCUGUACCACAGACCGCCACUCCCUUCAUGAGGAGGAGAACAACAUUUUUCAGCGGUCGAGAAAGAAGGAGCGGCAGAUGUUACCUAUGCUGCAGGUGCAGCUUCUUGCGGCUGGACUUCUUGCCACAAAACCAGGAGGCUACGUUGUCUAUUCCACCUGCUCACUCUCACACUUACAGAACGAGUAUGUGGUUCAAGGUGCCAUCGAGCUCCUGGCCAAUCAAUAUAACAUCGAAGUUCGGGUGGAAGAUCUGACUCACUUCAGAAAGCUUUUCAUGGACACGUUCUCUUUUUUCCCAUCCUGCCAGGUUGGGGAGCUGGUAAUCCCGAACCUCAUGGCCAAUUUUGGGCCUAUGUACUUUUGCAAAAUGUGUAGACUGACAUAGCAUCACCCUGUUCCUGGAGCCCUGGUGUGUGAAGACAAAGGGUGUACUUCCAAGGAGGCACCGGAAACUGAGACCAUUGGCAAAGAUGCACUCUGGGUCCUAUCUCCAUCGUGUUCAAGUCUUUCUAUAGUUUUUAGCAAUAGGAAGUAGGAGUUUUUCUGUCCUGCUGUCCAAUUGUGGAGCACCAGCAGGUUUCUAACUCACUUAUUAUACUCCACCUCCCACUUUCCAUCUCUAAGCCUAUACUAAACGUUCCUGCUCCAUUGGGGGCUUAGGAGGAGGAGCCAGUGAGCAGGCCCACAGUUUAUACUGUAAACUUGGGAAGAAGCAUUUAGUCAAUAAAAUUGUUGAAGCUCCAAAGAGCUGAGGCUGU